AUGCCCGUCUUCUUCCGCAUCUCCGCGACAGACUGGCUGGAGAAGAGCCUUCCCGACGAGAAGGGCUGGAAGGCCGACGAUACCGUUGAAUUCGCUCGCGCAUUGGCAGCUCAAGGCCAUGUGGAUCUGAUCGACCUCAGCAGCGGUGGUAUCCACAGCGCCCAGAAAAUCACCUACGGCGGCGGCCCGGGAGCCGCCUUCCAGGCACCUUUCGCUGCAGCCGUGAAGAAGGCGGUAGGUGAUCGUUUGCUGGUUGCUGCGGUUGGAAUGAUCAAUCAUGGGUACUUGGCCCAGGAGAUCUUGCAAGAUUACAACGUGGAUGUGGUGUUGGUGGGAAGGGCAUUCCAGCGCGAUACGGGCAUGGCGUGGCAUUUCGCCAAAGACCUGGACGUGGAAAUCUCGAUGGCGGCAGACUUCCGGUGGGGCUUUACCAGUUCGCGUGGCUCGUCGGAGUAUAUCCAGCCGAACGCGAUGAAGGCUUCUAUCUUCGAGUGA